AUGGAACCUAAUGACAAGAAAAAUCUUUUUCUAAACAAGGUGUUUGGCGAGAUGAAAGUUGUCGAGGCAUCCCCCAUCAACAUAUCUGGGCCAAAACCCAAAAAGCCGGACACAGAUACAACUACACUUGUCUUUUUUAAUUUAGAUACGGAAGGGUGGGGCGUCAUCGACGCUUAUCAACUCCAACAAAGUUUGUCUGGUCUCGACCGGAAGACGAUGAUAGCUCAACAGAAAAUCAAUUUACCCGAGUCACAAAUCAAACAUUUGCUCAGUCAGUCCUCCACCGAAUUUUCAAGUCGAGUCCCACAAAAAGUCUUUCAAGAAUUCCAACGACUUUUGCAGUCCAAAUGUGAUGAACUGAAAGCUAUCGCAAACCCAAAAAACAUAUACGAACUCUACGCAGCUCAAUUCGUCGGCGAGAAUGACGUCCCAAACGAUUUUUUAUACUUCUCAAGUACUGAUUUCGUCAUCCAAAAGAUCGUCGAAGAGACGGAACGCAAAGAACGAUGUCCCGUCUUAUUUCUAGAGGGGAACGAUGAUAUGGCAAAGUACCUCAAAAUGAUCGAAAAAAUGUUUUUUGGAAAGCGACACGUCAUCAAGGAAAACACCGUGUAUUACAACUCGGUCAAUCCGGCUACCAUCGACGACUUUUUUAAGACUACUAAGUGUAAGAAGUACUCAGAAGCUUUCAAACAAAUCUCAGACGCACAAGCAGAAGGUCUUCAAUCCGUUUCUUCAGAGAUGUGUCAAGGGAACAACGAGAAAAGUUUAAAGGGGAUGAAUGAAGAGAAUGACACUGAUAUGAAAUUGGACGUUCGAAUGGUCGAUAUAGUCGAACGGUCGAAACGAAGGAAAAUCAACCCGAACAUGUUUGACUUUUUUAACCCUGUAUUUCAAACACCAAAGGUGCAUAAAGACCUUGAGGACGUCCCUGUCCACGCAAAAGAUGAAAGAAAGAAUUUUGUGUUUGAAUAUAUGUUAGUGGGCGAAGGACACGUCGAACAAAUCACUUCGACGUUUUGUCUUGUCGAUGUCACAAACAAAAGGAAGUUGUGUUCCGACUACUAUGUAGAAUUGAACAGAAAUAAAGACACGAUAGAUGCAUUCACACAUAUGAGUCCGGCACUGAUUCGACUGUGGCCUGAUGAUAUUCAGAACGAUGAAAUCUGGGGAGUUGUGCGAUACUAUAAAAACGCGGACGGCGAUAUCGACGGCGUGAGAGAAUUAUACGAGAAAGGACUUGAAGACAAGAAGGCGAAGAAGUAUCGCGAGAAGAUAGCGACGAUGAAACUGGACUAUAGCAAACAGCAACUUCUGUUUGUUGGACUGAUCCCAAUCGACAAGAAACAAUUUGAGAAGAGAGGCCAACUUCUCAAUUUCAAAUUCUACAGAGAAGACGUUGAAAGUGAAAAGAAGUUGUUUGACUUGAUUGAAGACAUCAAAAUGAAAAAGGCGAAAGAAGUUGUCUGCCACGUGUGGGUACCCACAAUCAGUUAUUCUCCGCUUGAAGAGUGGAAAGAGGCGACGGCGCGUUUGUUUGAUGGAAAGGAGCGAAACAAAGAACUUGAAGAGGAACAAAAGGUGAAAGGCGACAAAGUUGUUGAUAUCCCAAUACUCGAAGACCUUUGUGCAGUCGACAAACUCUGUGACAUUAACAACCAAUAUGUCAAUCGAAUGAUCGUUAGUCCUACUGAAGUGUUCCUUGGGAAGGAGAGAAAGAGGGCUGGAGUCAUUGUUAAAGUUGCGUUAAGAGAAUCUGAUGGGAAUGUCUCCGAUGAAAGUCUUGACUUAAAAGUGUUCUACCCACAGAAGACUCUUAUUAAGAAAGGAACAACUGAGAUGCUCACGGGAGGCCAUUCUUCAUUCUCACACUCGAAAGUCGGGCAGUUCUUCACAGAGAUGCGAAUCGAGUUGCCAUUCCCAUUGAAGAAAACACAUCAUUUGCUUUUCUCGAUUUUCGACGUGUCGGCAGAAGAAAGUGGAAACACCUCAAAACCACUGUAUGCGGUGUAUCCCCUGUUUAAUGAACUGGAGAAAGACCCAAUUGCUGCGAAUGGACAGUUGUUACUUCUCAAUGAUUUGAAUGGAGAGAUCACUCUUCCGAUUAUGAAGAACCCAAAUAAGAACUACUUGAGCCACCAGGACUUCAUGGAAUCGACGAAGACGUAUCUUAAAGUCAAAUUAAGUCUUUUUAGUACUAUAUACCCAACAAGCAGCGAGACAUAUAAAUUCAUCCAAUUAAUCAAUAGAUACACAAAGCUUGAAAACGUCUCAAAGAAGUCGGAGAACGACGACAAGACAAUACGAAUGCUCGAAGAGACGAUUAAGGGGAGCUCUGCGAAUCUCCCGGAGAGCGACUGUGUACAUUUUCUUCCCGUUAUCUUGAAUGGAUUGUUGGGAGUCACUUCAAUUAUAUCAAACGCCGUGUUUGAUAUUGUGAACAAAGUCUCUUCGUAUGAACUGAAACACUUUAUGGCAUGCAAGGAGAUUGGUAUUGAAGCUAUUAGACACCCUGUUUUGUCUCGGUAUUUACUCUAUCACUGUGAGUGUAAUUCUUCUUCGUUGUCUAAUAUGGUAAUUAAAGUGAAGACGCAGCUUGUUAGUGUAAAACAAGAAUCUUUUGUGUUUGGGUCAGUUUGGUUCUUCUUUGAAGUGAUGACGCGGAUUGUUGUGAGCAUUUUGGAUGCCUCUGGAAAUUUAGUUGGCGAUCGAUCGAAGGGAUUUACCGACGAGAUACUCUCACGAUUCAAAAAGUCGUUUUUACAGGCGUUUUAUACUGCGUUUUCAGAUACACUGAGACAAGCUGUGCUGAACAAAAAUUUUAAGAACCUUGUCGAAGCCAAUUUGGCAUAUGUCCAAUUUUUGAUGAAAAUGUUCCGAUUGAUGGGAAGGAGUGAAGCACUUGUGAUGUUGGAGUACCACAUCAUGCAACUGUCUUCGCCAUAUGUUGAGAUGGAAGUUGGUCCGAAGAAGAUGGAGAUGAACUCCGAAGAGAUGAUCUUCUUAACACUUCUGAGACUUGAUGCUGUCAAUGAAUUUUCGAAGUUUCCAUAUAUUGACAAAUUGUGUCUUCCAAACAAACUGAAGGUGACAAAUAUUGAAGAUUUGGAAGACAAUGUAUUAGAAAAGUACUUACCGACGUGCUUUUUGUUACGACAAUAUCUCUUGUUAAUACAGAAACCGUCGGACUUCUCUAAGAUGGCAGUGAUGUCGCUGAUAUCGUUUUUACAACGCCUUGACUUAAAUAUCAAUUUACAGAGUGAAGAUAAAAAGGGGAUUUUAUCUGAUAUGUUGAUGCCACUGUUACUGAGAUUGAUCGACGAAGAUGAUUACUUCAUUACUUGGGCGAAUGCACAGAGCAGAACGAAUAAAGGGAAAGGUCUUGAAGAAGUCGAACUACUUAUGUUUGCUUGUUUGUAUGUGUUCAAAAUUAUGGACGAUGAGACGUUAAGGACGUGGCUUGAGAAUGAAGUCCCGUCGCGAUUGAAAAUCAUCACUAAUAUCAUCAAACGAGCGAUUAUGAUCUUGUCGCAGUACCCCCUUCCUAUUUUACUUGAUGUUGAAAAUGUUGUAGAAAAUGAAAGAAAGCGGAUGUACGACACAUUAUCGAAUGAACCGAGUCAACAAAAUCAGACGAAGGAAACGUCCCAACAUAAACGAAUACGACGACCGAGUCAGGCGAAGGAAGACCAAGUGAAAGAGACGAAAGAAGUUAAAACGCAUGUUAUAGACAUCGAAUCGAAGAACCAGAAGUAUUUGGACAAGGAGAAAGAAGAGAAGUUCUGGUUUUUGAAGAACAAUAUGAUAUUUGAUUGUGUUAUGGUGGCGAUGGACGUCUUGGAAAUGAUAUAUGAAAUAGCACGACAGAUGGAAAUAACAACGGAAAACAUGGAGAAUGUCGAGAACGACGAGGAAGGCCAAACGAAGAGUGCGUUGGUUGAUGUUGAGAAUGUGAUCAAUGAAGUGCUGUUUGAUUGCCCGAUGAAUAGAAAGUAUGCAGAACAGCUCUUUGCAUUUGUGAGGAAGUUGUUGCUGAAUCACUACAAUUACAUCUUCACACGCCGUGUCGACUUCUCGUUCAAUCUUUUGAAAAACAUUUUGAAGCUGUGUGGGAAUGAAGACAACGUCAUUUCUCAUAUGGCUAUGCACAAUUUGUAUAUAUUCUCGAAGAUCAAUUUCUUGUGUGAUAUGGAUCUGUCUCGGAUAUCCAAUCACAUUGUGUGUGCCCUUGGGCAGUUACAGAAUUUGAUGACAAACAAAUUGAAGUUUGAAGACACGUUGGGCGACUUGGUGUUGUUGCCGGCGAAGGACUUUGGGUCGAGCAAAAAGUUGAUAGAAAUGUUAAUUGCCCUUUACAAGGAGAAGGGUGUUUUAGAUAGCAAAUAUCUGUUUAGAAUACAACAACUGCAACUUGGAAUUGAUGCUGGAGAGAGCGAGUCCUUUUUACAAUUUAUGGCCGAUGUGAUUGAUGCGCACAACCGUAUUCUAGAACCAUUUGUGGAAAUGCCUGCUGAUUUGGUCAAUGGAUAUACGUCACUCAAAGAACAAAUCACUGGGUUCUUCUCUUCGAAAUUGCGAGUGAGAGGAAUUGAUGUCAAAAAUGUGAAGAAACAGUUAGACUUGAAAUAUCGUGACUGUGUGUUUAAGAAGCCCCUCAUAGAAAAGUGUGAUGAAGCUCUUGGCAAGUUUGGGAUGCUCAUUAGAAACUUAAAUGAGAUUAACACGGUGUGGCAGAGAGAUCAAACGGAAGCACUUGAACUUGAAAGCGUCUUUGGGCAACACACAAAAGACUCUGUUGAAACGUUGAAGUGGAUCAUUGAAAACGUUUUGCGGCCAAUUACCGAAGGCGAAAGGAGUGAAGUGAAGAGCGAGGAUUUAACGUUUGAUUCCCUUUUGAGGCUUCGUGUUGAGCGAGAGAAAGACGAAGAACGAGUAACACAAGAAGUAGAGAGACGGAAAGUCUUGUUUAGUUCUUCUAAGGGCACAACAGGGCAAGAGAACCCGUAUUUCCCAGUCAAAGAUGAAGACUUUGAAGAGCUGUUGGACAGUGUGAAAAAUUUGUUUAGUGAAAAGGUGAAAUUGAUAAAAACCACGACGGACGCAUUUAAACGGUUUGAGACGAGUACAAAAGAGCUUGAAAACACGCGAGUGAAUGUGAUGAAUGAGAUUGAAGAAAUGCAUUCGAUGAGCACGAAGAAAUUGUAUGACCAACCUUUGAACGACUCGUUUACCGAAAGCACGACAUCGGACUUUUCAAGAAUAAUGGAGAGAGUGGAAGUGAGUGAUUCUAAGGUAUUUGGGCAGUUCAAUUCUCUUGUGAAAAUGACAAAACCUUGGUACCUCCGAUUUGAGUAUUGGAAGUUAAUACUCCCGUUGACUCGUUCGAUAGGAGAAAUGGUGAAUUCGAUGAUCAGAGUAGUCCAAGCGAAUUCGAAGAGAAUGAACUUUAUGAGGGAGUGGCAUAAACGUGAACGAGAACACGCGAUAUCGGCAGUGAGAGUGUUUGAAUGGAGUAAAACAGUUGAGUUGUUAAUGCGACAAAAGGAUUGGUAUCAGAACCAACACGUCUCUUGGUUGAGUAAAAUAGCGGAUGACUGUCUUACGGAAAAGCCUGAUAUUCUGAAGCUUCGGAAGGAGAUGGCGGAACAAUUACUUGGGAUGGAAUACUUGAAGUCGUCAGCUAUGAGUGAACUCAAGAGGUUAAAUCCACGGAAAAGAGGGACACGAAAAAGUAUUGCGUUGGCUGAAGGAGAAACGUUUUCAUUACAAUCGACGAACAUGAGUGUUGGUGCCCCACAAAACACGGGAAGACUCUCGACCGACUCUUCGCAGAGUGAUGAUGCCGAAACGGCCAAUAUGCUUGCUUCACUGAAACCGAUUUGUUUUGAUAUUGUUGAGAUUGAUGACAACUUGGUGGACGUGUGUUUGGACAAAAUCGAAGAGAUGGCGACGAAGUUUAAAGAACAAAAAAGCAUUGAAGAGAAUUACGAAGAGAAACGGAAAGAGUACAACACGUUACAAAUUGAGUUUGCUGAGAAGAAGGAAAGUUUGAAAGUGGAUGAUGAGAAGUUCUUUGCGAAUGUGCAAGAACUGAAACAGAAGAGGAAGACGAUAGUUGAAAUGGAGAAAAUGGAAAUUCCCGAAUUGAAUGCGUAUUGCGACUACCAUACACUCACGAAGACGGUAACGAAUAGCACGAAACAAAUCAACGAAAUGGUGUUGGAGUAUUCGAAGAAGUCGACGAGCACGGACAAAUCGGAAGAGAAGAAAGAAGAGAAAGAUGUGAAGAAAGACGACGAGAAGGAGAACAAAGGAGUGUCUGAUGAGGACCGGAAAUACUUUUUGGACGAGAACGACUAUUUCAAGGAAGAAGCGUUCUUGGACGUCAAUCGGCACAAGCAACAGAUCUUCGAUAAGUGUGUGAAAGAGAUGAAUGAAGAGAUGAAAAAGAUGAUGAACAAAUUGGUUGAGUUGGAUGAGUCAAACAAGGUGAUUAAAGACCCGGACUUUAUCAUCUGGAAAUUCUAUGAGAGUACAAAGGACUAUGAGAGCAAUCCACGACUACACUUGACGUGGUUCAAUAAAAUGGCGGACAAGAACAAAGAGAAUGGGAACGACGUUGAAGCUGGGAUGUGUGAAUUACAUAUGGUGCAUUACAUUUACAAUCAUAUUGCGAACAGACAGAUCGACUUGCCACAAAACUCAUUAAAAGAAGUGUGUACGGACUUUUUGACAAUGGACGAACCAAAGGAAUUACAGGAGAACAACGACUGCUCAUUUGAAACAAUGGCGAACCACAUCAAAUUUGGUAUUCAAGAGUUUGAGGCUGCUCAGUUGUACAAUUACGCACUUGUGUUGUGUAAUUUUGAGUUGCCGUUCUAUGAGGAGACUGAGAACUACUCGAAACUUGCAAAGUGCCAUGCGAAGAUCAAAGAGCUGUACUCGAAAAUGGACCAGAAGACUAACGCACCAGUGUAUAGUGGGUACUUCUUUUUGCUUGAGUUUGUUGGAGCGCCGUUUGAAAGUAUGCCAAACCCUCUUGGGUACAUCUACAGGUCGGUGAAACCCCUUGAUCAGUUCAAGGAAGAGUUACUGAAGAUCUUUAAGCCGGAGAAUCAAAGUAUAGAGAUCAUCGACAAGAAUGGGAAGAUUAAAGACGAAACGAAGUGUUAUAUGAAAGUUACUUUGGUGUAUCCAGUUGUCGACUCGGAACCUAUAAGAGAGCCACAAACACUUCUGACGAACACUGCGAGUUUCAUGUAUGAAAAAGACACGGGAAGUAAAGCGCCAUUGAUGAAAAGAGAGAAAGAACGGUUCUUGCUCACUACCGAACUGUCAAUGCCAUGUGGAAUGAAACGAGUGAAAGUCGUCAAGUCGGACAAGAACAGCUUGACCCCAAUAAUGAACGCGUCGGACGACUUGGAGAUCCGGUUUGCGAAGUUGGCCAAAACGUUUUCGGACUAUCAGAAUCUGAAAAACAGUGGAAAGGACGACACGAUACAAUUGAACAAGAUUCAGGAAUGUAUUGGGAUGCUUCUUGAACCGAAACACAGCGAAAGUGUAUAUGAAAUUAUGGACGCGUUCUUGGGAGACCCAAGUUGUUACAAGAAAUUGUAUUCAGUUGAUGAAGUGAAUGCCUUGUACAGAACAAUGCAACGUAUUUGUGAAUGUGUCGAAGGGAGUUUGGUUACACUUAAAAAGAAGAGGAACAAUGAAGAGUGCAAGAAGUAUACAAAACUGUUUGAUCAAUUCAAAAGCUUAAUCACAUCACUCGAAGAACCUAUUUACACAUUCGAUGAUGAUGAUAAUUAA